AACAGAUCCAUAUAUCCAUGGCCUCUAUUUCUCUCUACUUUGUUGCAUUCCUAAUCCUCUAUGUUUUCACCAAACACUUUCUACACAAAAUCCAAAACCUCCCUCCAUGCCCGUUUCCAUGUCUUCCCAUAAUCGGCCAUCUGUACCUGUUGAAGAGGCCUCUCUUCAGAACCCUGACCAAAAUUGCCCACCGAAAUGGCCCCUUAGUCUUCCUUCAAAUGGGAAAUCGUCCGGUGGUCGUAGUUUCAUCCCCGUCGACAGCGGAAGAAUGCUUGACUAAAAAUGAUAUAAUCUUUGCCAACCGCCCUCGGUUGAUGAUUGCCGAACACAUAGGCAACAACUGUAAGAGCCUCGCCUGGUCUCCUUACGGGGAACACUGGCGAAAUCUCAGACGAAUUACGUCCAUAGAGAUUUUAUCAACAUCCCGCCUGCAGAUGUUGUCAAGCAUACGUGCUGAUGAAGUUAGAUUGCUGAUUCGUAAGCUCUCAGAUCGUCAAGACAAGCCUGUUGAAUUAAAGACAGUGCUAUUCGAGUUGACCCUCAAUGUGAUGACAAGGAUGAUAGUCGGAAAGCCCUUUUACGGCGAGAAUGUGGCGGAUGUGGAGGAAGCCAAGAAAUUUCGAGCGGCUCAAGAUGAAUUGAUUGAGAUUUUUUCUGCAUCGAAUUACGGAGAUUUCUUGCCGUGGCUUAAAUCCAAGAAGCUGGAAAGAAGGAUGAUAGAGUGUCAGAGAAACAGAGAGCAGUUUAUCCUGAACCUGCUAGAGCAGAGUAGAAGAAAAUUGAAUAAAGAUGGUGGUGGAGAGAGGAAGAAGACAAUGAUUGAGAUGUUGCUGUCUCAACAAGAAUCAGAACCGGAGUAUUACACCGACGAGAUGAUCGGACAACUCAUGCUUCUUCUGUUGUCUGCAGGAACAGAAACUUCGAUCACCACCAUGGAGUGGGCAUUUUCGCUCCUUCUCAGCCAUCCGGAAGUAAUAAAAAAAGCUCAAAAAGAAAUCGAAAACGUCGUGGGUCUUGAUCGGCUGAUCAACGAGUCAGAUCUGGCUAAGCUUCCAUACCUCCGGGGUGUCAUAAGCGAAACGAUGCGGAUGUACCCUGCGGUUCCGCUAUUAUUACCGCAUGAAUCAACGGCGGAGUGCACGGUGGCAGGAUUUCGGAUUCCGGCUGGGACGUUAUUGUUCAUUAACGUGUGGGCUAUACAGAACGAUCCCAAGGUUUGGGAGGACCCGAAAAUAUUCAAGCCUGAGAGGUUUGAAGGAGUGGAGGGAACAGCGAGAGAUGGGUUUAAGUUGAUGCCAUUCGGGUCUGGCAGGCGGGCCUGCCCCGGAGACGGCUUGGCGUUGAGAGUGGUAGGAUUGACGCUUGGAUCUUUGAUUCAGUGCUUUGAGUGGGAAAGGGUUGGAGAGGAAAUGGUAGACAUGACUGAAGGAUUAACAGCGAUCGCCAUGCCAAAAGCUCAGCCGUUGCAAGCCAAAUGCCGCCCACGGGCCGCCAUGAUUAAGGUUCUUUCCCAAAUAUGAAAAGUACUCACUAUUUCCACCACCGUAAAAACACUUUCAGUUAAUGGAUGUCAUUACAUAUGGCAGCCAGGUUGCUUUAGUUUCGUUUAAUGUUAAUGUUGUUUCUAGUUCUUUUAGUUGCAUACUUGCAUUUUACAUCAUGUAUGGACUUUUCUGUUCAUGAACAACGAGCCUCCCCAAGUCCAUAGGCCAUUUAAUUAUUCUUAGCUUCUAGCUUAUGAUUUAUGUGGGAUUCGAUAUGGUAGGCUUUCUAAAAUAUUAUAAACUAUUUGUUUUUUU